CCAACCUUCCAGUCCGUCCUGCGCGAAUCGAGAGUGAAGUCCGCGACCCCCGCCAGAAACUUGACAACGCGUAUCCCAAGGUGUCGACGCGACGCUGUGUAUUUCCGAGAGAGCGAACCGCGACGCCGACGCUCACUUUCCCUUUUCGCCAUCUCGUGCGCGCGAGGAAAGCGCGACCGCAACCCACGCCCACGACCCUUCCAUCCAACCACAGCCCGAGUCAUCAACGCCGGCCAUCACCAACGAUCCCCCAUCAAGCUUGACUCGACUCAACGCCAACCACGCAUCGAUCUGCUCGCCGUCGACGCCGCGACCACCGUAGUCGCUGAAUUGGCCUCCCGGAACAAGUGACCGAACUCCAACACGGCUUUGCGCGACAGCCCGUCACCAUGGCUUCCAUCCAGCAACAACAGCCGGGCAUGAACAUGAACGCCCAGCAGAACCACCCUCAGUUGACAAAGGAAUAUCUGCAACAAACCUACCAGCUCUAUGCGCAAGCCAAGCAGCAAGGUGUCCCCGACACCGACCCGGACCAGGCCAAGCGCGGCAAGAUACUUCAGUUUGCUCGUCAGAGAUCAGAGAUGGCAAAGAGACAGAUGCAGAUGCGCCAACAGCAGAUGCAACAGGUCCGCCAGCAGCAGGCACAGGUGCAACCACAACAGCAGAACGGCCAGCUCCCUCAGGACAACCUGAAUGGAACCAUCAACGGUGCUGCUAUGCAGUCUGCCAAUGGCGCUGCUCAACAAGCCACACCACAGCCAUCCUCGUCGAGUGCGUCGAAGGAGGCACUCCUGUCUACUGACCAGCAGGCCACUUUGCGCCAACAGCUGUCCGCCUUCAACUACCUGCAAAAGAACAUGCCCAUUCCUCAGAACAUCCAAGAGUCCCUAUUCCAAUCGCAAAAGGCCGCUGCCGACCCUUCAAAACCCGCUACACCUGCCGCUCAGGCUUCCAGCAGAACCCACCGCUUCCAAUCCUUCAAGGACCCGCACAGCCUCAUACCCAAUGCCAUCUCCUACCUCGACCACACCCGCCGCGAUAAUCGCCAAAUUGUCCCCAGUAUUAUGCCAUUGGGAAUCGACGUUGACAGGGCACGUGAAGAGAGGGAGACUAUUCUGUACAACCGUAUUAUGGCUCGUAAGAAUGAGUUGGACAAGCUUCCUGCCAACAUAGGCUCUUGGGAUACAACUUCGUCAACCACCCCUAUUGACAAUGGCAAAUUGAAACUGAAGGCACUUAUCGAGCACAAGAAAUUGAACCUGCUUCCUAAGCAGCGCGCCAUGAGAGCAGUUGUCAGCCGCGAGAUGAUGCAAUCGGACAAUCUCGCCAUGACAGCGAACCGCGCCUUGUAUCGUCGUGUUAAGAAACAGUCGCUUCGCGAGGCUCGCAUCACCGAGAAGCUCGAGAAGCAACAGCAGGACGCUCACGAGUCCAAGGAGAAGAAGAAGCACAACGAUUUCCUCCGAUCCGUACUGUCUCAUGGCCAAGACGUCAAGACGUCUGCCGCCAACCAGCGCACAAGAAUCCAAAAGCUGGGUCGUCUCAUGCAAACCACUCACUCCAACAUCGAAAAGGAAGAACAAAAGCGCAUCGAAAGAACCGCAAAGCAACGUCUUCAGGCUCUCAAGGCCAACGACGAAGAGACCUACCUCAAGCUUUUGGGCCAGGCCAAGGACAGCCGUAUUUCUCACUUGCUCAAACAGACCGAUGGGUUCCUCGAUCAACUCGCCGCUUCCGUCAAGGAACAACAACGUGGCGCUGCUCGCAGAUAUGGAAUUGUCGAAGAAGAAGAGGAAGAAGAGGAGGUUGUCGCCGAAGAGGAAGAUGGCGAGAGCAAGUCGAGAAAGGUCGAUUACUAUGAAGUCGCCCACAAGAUCAAGGAGGAAGUCACACAGCAGGCUAACAUGCUUGUUGGUGGCACCCUCAAGGAGUAUCAGAUCAAGGGUCUCCAGUGGAUGAUCUCGCUUUACAACAACAACCUCAACGGUAUUCUUGCUGAUGAGAUGGGUUUGGGCAAGACUAUUCAGACCAUCAGUUUGAUCACCUACCUCAUUGAGAAGAAGCGUCAACCAGGCCCCUACUUGGUCAUUGUGCCUUUGAGUACUCUGACCAACUGGAACAAUGAAUUCGACAAGUGGGCGCCUACUGUCUCAAAGAUUGUCUACAAGGGACCGCCCGCCCAAAGAAAGACCCACCAGAACCAAAUCCGAUACGGCAACUUCCAAGUUUUGCUUACUACCUACGAGUUCAUUAUCAAGGACAGGCCUGUACUCAGCAAGAUCAAGUGGUUACACAUGAUUGUUGACGAAGGUCACCGCAUGAAGAACGCCAACUCGAAGCUCAGCAGUACCAUUACCCAGUACUACACAACCCGUUACCGUCUCAUUCUCACUGGUACUCCUCUCCAAAACAGUCUUCCCGAACUGUGGGCCUUGCUCAACUUCGUCCUUCCCACGAUCUUCAAGUCGGUCAAAUCGUUCGAUGAGUGGUUCAACACUCCUUUCGCCAAUACGGGCGGACAGGACAAGAUGGAACUGUCAGAAGAAGAGCAACUGCUUGUCAUUCGUCGUCUUCACAAGGUUCUUCGACCUUUCCUUCUGCGCCGUCUGAAGAAGGAUGUCGAGAAGGACUUGCCCGACAAGCAAGAGCGUGUCAUCAAGUGCAACUUCUCAGCGCUCCAAGCCAAGUUAUACAAGCAGCUUGUCAGCCACAACAGACUCAUGGUCAGCGAUGGCAAGGGUGGGAAGACUGGCCUGCGCGGUCUCAGCAACAUGCUCAUGCAGUUGAGAAAAUUGUGCAACCACCCUUUCGUUUUCGAAGAAGUCGAAGACCAGAUCAACCCUGGGAGAGGAACCAACGACACACUCUGGCGUACUGCUGGCAAGUUCGAGCUUCUAGACAGAAUUUUGCCAAAGUUUGAAAAGUCCGGCCAUCGUGUUUUGAUGUUCUUCCAAAUGACACAGAUCAUGAACAUCAUGGAGGACUUUUUGCGCUUGCGUGGUCUCAAGUACCUGCGUCUGGACGGCUCGACAAAGGCUGAUGACCGUAGUGAGCUCCUCAGAAUCUUCAACGCACCUAACUCGCCAUACUUCUGUUUCCUGCUCUCGACUCGCGCAGGUGGUCUUGGUCUGAACUUGCAGACAGCCGAUACCGUUAUUAUCUACGAUUCCGAUUGGAACCCUCAUCAGGAUCUUCAGGCUCAGGAUCGCGCUCAUCGUAUUGGUCAGAAGAAUGAGGUCCGAAUUCUUCGUCUCAUCAGUUCCAACUCGGUCGAAGAGAAGAUUCUCGAACGUGCCAAUUACAAGCUUGAUAUGGAUGGCAAAGUCAUUCAAGCUGGUAAGUUCGACAACCGAUCAACCAACGAAGAACGUGAUGAGAUGCUUCGUGUUAUGCUGGAGUCUGCCGAAGCAGCUGAGGCAUUCGAGCAAGACGAAAUGGAUGACGAUGACUUGAACAUGAUCAUGAUGCGCUCCGACGACGAGUUGACGCUCUUCCAACAAAUGGACCGCGAUCGCUACAGAGACCAGAAGUACGGUCCUGGUAAGAAGUACCCUCGCCUUAUGUGCGAGCAAGAGCUUCCGGAUAUUUACGUGAGCGAAGACAACCCGAUCGAGGAGAUUGUCGAGGUCGCUAUGGGCCGUGGCAAUCGUGAGCGUGCCAAGGUCAAGUAUGACGACGGCCUCACCGAAGAACAGUGGCUCGAAGCUGUCGAUAACUCCGAUGACGACAUUGAAUCUGCUGUUGCCCGCAAGCAAGCUCGUAUCAGCAGACGUGCUGGCAACAAGGAGAAGAGAGGCCAAGAGGGAUCGGAGGAUACACCACCGCCAGACUCUCGCGCCAGCUCAGAAUCUCCUCAACCGAAGAAGCGUGGUCGCAAGCCCAAGCCAGAGACGAUCCAGAAACGCAAGGCCGAGGAAGAAGUUGAAACACCUCAACCGAGAAAGCGUGGCCGUCAAGCCAAGGUGCCCGAUCUCCUCCCACCGACAGAACGUGAGCACUUGCAAUCAGUACUCGAUACUGUCCACGACACCCUCAUGGAUCUGGAAGAAGUAUCGGCAGACCCCGACCUGCAGAACAGAGGGAUCAUUGAUCCUUUCAUCGAGUUGCCUCCUCAGAAGCACUACCCUGAUUACUACCAACUAAUCCGCACUCCCAUCUGCAUGGAUCAAAUCCAGAAGAAGAUCAACAAGAAGCAGUACCAAAACUUGCGCCAAUUCCGACAGGACAUCAAGCAACUGUGCGAUAACUGCAGAACCUACAACGAGGACGGUAGUGUACUGUUCCAAGAUGCAAACUUGAUCGAGGAAACCGCUGUCAAGAAGCUCGCUGAAGAGACCGCCAAGUACCCCGAAUUUGCCGACUGGGAGACCGAGACGGGCAACACACGUCCAGCCUCAAGUGCCGGCACUCCUCAACCACGCGUCAAGCUGAGCCUCGGCGGACGCAAGAGCCGCGGAGGCACCGAGUCAAUGGCCCAGAGCGACGAUGAAGAAGAAGAGUAGAGCCCUUUCUAAGCAUUUUCACUGGUGUGGUGUUUUUGAUUCUUUUCGAUUCUGUCAGAUUAUUUUUGGGUGGAGGUGGAGUAUGGGAAGAGAGAAACAGCAAAGAAGAAUACGGAGCUAUGAUUACUGAAGGCCAAAUGUGUGUUUUCAUUUCUGGGAGGGGAAGGCAUUUGACUACAAGGGAAGGUCUGAUUUACAAGUCUCCCUCCUUUCUUUUCUAGUCUUGGGCUAUAGGAGUUCUUUUCUCUGACAGACAUGCAAUUGUUAACAAUACAUUCCAGUUGCUACAUGAGCUAUCUCCUUGCCAUGUGUGUGACCGACUUGCUGUCUUUGUUUGGUAUUCCUCCUUGAUUUUCCAUCUAUGCCGGGGCUUCAUGCUCGGUACCUUUUCUCAACUUGUAUAUGUCGUCGUCGCCUCAUCUCAGCGGUCAUCGUGUCAUGUUUGGUGCAAUGCCUCUUG